AUGACACUCGCCAACAGUGAGGGUACCAGGCUGAGACCCUGCGGGUGCCCGGAGCUCCCAGCGCAGCGCGGGGUCCCCGCCCGGCCCGCGCCCGCUCUGCCGCUCGUCCCACUCACCUGCUCCCGGCUGCCCUCGCUGUCGGACGCUCGUCUGACCCGCUCCUCCGUUUGCCCCUCGCCCGGCUCCUCCCGGCCCGGACCCCGCGGGGCGGCCCCGAGCCAUGUCCCGGGCGGGCUGACACCCCCGGGGCCGGGCACCGCACCGGGCGGGGGUCCCGCGGCGGGCCCGGGCAGCACCACCGGGGGUCACGGCGCGGAGCAGCCCGCGGGGCCGCGGGGAGCGGCAGCCCCGGCCCCCCCCACCCCGCACUUACCGGCGUCGCCGCCGCCGCUCCGGGGCCGGGCCGGGGCCGCGCAGCCGCUUCCGGGUCCGGGCCGGCGGGACGGGCGCGGGGCCGCGCGCGACCCGGAAGCGCCGCGGCUGCGGAAGUGA